GUUAUCCGUAUCGGUAGCCGAAAAACCAGGCAGCCCUGAGUCUCGGAGUCCAGUUCGUGUCGUUCGCCGGACAACAAGUCAUAAUUCGCGGAAUCCGUAUUCGCAUCCUGCGCGCAAGCGUUCUCCUUCUGACAUUUGCUUAGUGUGUCCUUUGACGGGUUUAUUUUGAAUUUUUUCCUGUUUUGGUCAUUAAAUCGGGGCUGUCAUCCGCCGAAAAUGAUCCGCAUACGUGGUUAGUGAUAGAUAGUCCCGUCAACGGGAUGUUCAGUCACGGGGCCAAGGAUGCUGCCCAAACGGUCCUGGCAGCCCUCCUUGACUAUUACUCGAACGCCCCCAGUGCGGCGGGGCACAUAGUAUCCUUGUCACCGGGUCCAUACAAUGGCACGGGGAGUUACUCCAACAGCAGUGACAGUAGUGGCCCGGAGGAUGCCACGCUGGAGAGUGAUUUGGUUGCGGGCGCUACUGCCACCCCAGGCAUGGUCGCUGGUGGAGGUCCUGGCGCCACCUCCUCCACUUCCACCUCGACUUACUCCACAUCUUCCGGUAUGCCCAUUUGGCUGAUACCCAGCUACACCCUGAUCCUGCUCUUUGCCGUGCUGGGCAACCUCCUGGUCAUAUCCACUCUGGUGCAAAAUCGUCGUAUGCGAACCAUCACCAAUGUUUUCCUCCUGAACCUGGCCAUCUCGGACAUGUUGCUGGGCGUGCUCUGCAUGCCAGUGACGCUGGUGGGGACUCUGCUGCGUAACUUUAUCUUUGGGGAGUUCCUGUGCAAGCUCUUUCAAUUCUCACAAGCCGCUUCGGUGGCUGUGUCCUCGUGGACUUUGGUGGCCAUAUCUUGUGAACGUUACUAUGCCAUCUGUCAUCCAUUGAGAUCCCGUUCCUGGCAGACCAUAAGCCACGCCUACAAGAUCAUCGGGGUCAUCUGGUUGGGCGGCAUAUUCUGCAUGAGUCCAAUUGCGGUUUUCAGUCAAUUGAUACCUACCAGUAGGCCAGGAUACUGCAAGUGUCGCGAAACUUGGCCCGACCAGGGCUACGAGCGUUUCUACAACAUCCUGCUGGACUUCCUGCUACUCGUCCUGCCCCUCCUGAUCCUUUGCGUCGCGUACAUCCUUAUUACGCGCACUUUGUACGUCGGCAUGGCCAAGGACAGCAGCCGGAUGCUGCAGCAACAGGCCACCGGAACCGUCACAUCCGCAGGAUCCGGCGCGGGAGCAGGCGCCAGCGGAGGCUUGUCAGCUCCUGGCCCAAGUGGCAGCAGCAACUGCAUCCUGGUCCUGACCAGCUCUGGCGGAGUGUACAACGAGAACAGCAACAACAAUAACGCUGGUGCAGCAGCAACAACAACGACCACAGCAACGACAACAACAACGACAACUUUGGCAACAAGACCUGGUAACUCAAAUAUGGUAACAACCUCGGCCACUGUGACUUUGGCUAAGACCUCGUCGCCCAGCAUUCGGGUUCAUGAUGCUGCUUUACGCAGAUCCAACGAAGCCAAGACCCUGGAGAGCAAGAAGCGAGUGGUAAAGAUGCUGUUCGUCCUGGUGCUGGAGUUCUUCAUCUGCUGGACACCGCUCUAUGUGAUCAACACGCUGACGAUGCUGGUUGGACCGGUGGUGUACGAGUAUGUGGACUACACGGCCAUUAGCUUCCUCCAGCUGCUGGCCUACUCGUCGUCCUGUUGCAAUCCGAUAACAUACUGUUUCAUGAACGCCAGCUUCCGGCGGGCCUUUGUCGAUACCUUUAAGGGAUUGCCGUGGAUGCCGGCUGGUGCUGGCGGAGCUGGAGGAGCAGGCGGUGCAGCGGGAUUUGCCGGAGCUGGCGGCCUGUCCACAGCCAGUCAGGCUGGCGCCUACAAUCCCAGUCCCAAUCCGAAUAUGAAUGUGAAUGCGAAUCCCAAUCCCGGCCAAGCCAUGGGAAUGGGAACCUGGAGGAGUCGCUCACGGAACGAGGUCCUCAACUCGGUGGUCCACUCGAACACCACCUCCGCCGCCGUGGAAAGUCCCCAGCUCUAAGUUGGCGUCCCACCCACACCAAGGCGAUUGGUGUAAAUAUGUAUAUUAUACCGUUAGAACUCGUAUGUGUGCGUGGUGUUUUUUUUUUCGAAUCGAAUCGAACCGAAUCGAGUAUUUUUUUUUAUCUACUCGUAAUUGUAUUUAAUCGUAAUCGUAAUCAAACUCUAUUGGUGUUUCAAUUGAACUUCCUAA